AUGCAGAUCUUUAAGGCCCUAGAGGCCCUAUUAACAUUUCCAACCAUUUGGAAUCAGUACCCCCAGCAUUCUGUUAAGAUCAUAUCUGAUAUAAAUCUCAAGAAUGAAAACGUAGCUCAUCAGGAAUUUAGACCAGUGGUUAUUUGGCAUGGCCUAGGAGACCAAUACAACUCCACAGGGAUUCACAAAGCAGCAGAGAUUCUUGACGACUUUUACCCCGGCAUAUUUGUUUACUCUGUUUACUUGGAUUUGGACCCAGAAAAAGAUCAAAAAAAAUCCCUCUUUGGUGAUGCUAAUGUUGAAUUAGAACAGGUAUGUGAACAAUUAGCGACGAUUCCCGAAUUAAAGCAAGGCUUCGAUUUGAUCGGCUUUUCACAGGGAGGGUUGUUUCUGAGAGCUUUGGUUGAAAGAUGCUCCGACGUUAAUGUUAACAACCUUAUCACUUUUGGAUCACCACAUUUGGGUGUUCUGGAAUUACCCAUGUGUGAGAAUCCUGGUGAUUGGGUUUGUCGAAGAAGAAAUGAGCUAUUGAAAAAGCAAGUGUGGUUUGAUAGCGUACAAAAAAGAGUUAUUCCUGCUCAGUACUUCCGGGAUCCAGUCAACUAUAAUCAAUAUUUGCUUCACUCUAAUUUCUUGGUGAAUGUAAAUAAUGAAAGACCGUUAAGUUUCAACUCCUCAUACAAAAACAACUUGCAGAAACUCAACAAGUUGGUAUUGUUUCAGUUUACAAGGGACACAACCCUUGUGCCCAAAGAAACGGCUUGGUUCAUCGAUUUUGACGUGUCAGGCACCUCUAUUCCAUUUGAAAAAUCCAAGAUAUAUGUGCAAGAUUUGAUUGGGUUGAAAGAAUUGCAUUUAAACGAUAAGAUUGAUUUCAAGGCCAUUGAUACUGAUCAUAUGGUGAUUUCAGAAGCUGUUUUGCAUGAAAUUGCCGAGAAGUAUUUGGGCAAAUAG